UUUGGUUAUUCGCUUGGAUUUGAUUACAGAGUACUACGGUCCAGAAUCAAAUGUUUUUAAUUGGUGAAUAUAUCCUACGUGACCGGCUGCCUCCUUGUCAAUUGGUCAGUGUGUAAUUUGACGGAUUAACAGGGAAUUUAUCAAUGCUAAUUUGACUUGUUGGUGUACUGAAUAUUUGAAUAACCUCAUUUUUAUUUUAUCUUGCCGUAAUGUUCAAAAGUUGUCCAAAUGGCUCCAACUAAAAAUAAACCGCCUCAUGCAAGACUGAAUGAAAAAAAAGGAAUUCUGGAAAAACUAAAAGACUCUCUAUCUGUGGAUUAUGUAAAAAAGCUCAUUUUUAAUCCUCACUAUUUAACUCCAGUAUGUUAUGUGAUUCUUGUGUUUGAAGCUAUUUUGAAUGUCUUGAUCAUAGAAAAGGUAAAAUAUACAGAAAUUGAUUGGAAUGCAUAUAUGCAAGAGGUAGAAGGCUUUCUUAAUGGUACUUUGGAUUACCACAUGCUAAAAGGUGACACUGGGCCACUGGUAUAUCCAGCAGGAUUUGUGUAUAUUUAUAGCAUUCUGUAUUAUGUCACUUCACAUGGAAAAAAUGUUUACUUAGCUCAGUACAUAUUCCUAGUAUUAUAUCUUUUACAAACUUAUCUGGUUCAUAGAAUAUUCAGAAAAUCAAUGAAAUUGCCACCAUAUGCACUGGUAUUAGUUACAUUGACCUCUUACAGAAUCCACUCAAUAUCUGUACUAAGGUUGUUCAAUGACCCUAUUGCAGUUUUGUUAUUUUAUGUUAGUUUAAACUUAUUUAUCUCCGAUAAAUGGAAGCUUGGGAGUAUAUUUUACUCAUUGGCUGUUGCUGUAAAAAUGAAUAUAUUGUUAUAUGCACCUUGUCUCUUGAUAGCAUACUUAACAAAUUUAUCCAUCUUGCAAACAGUACUUAAUUUGUUUAUAUGUGCUUUAGUACAGUUACUUUUAGGAUCACCAUUCUUAUAUGUUAACCCACUUGCAUACAUCCAAGGCAGCUUUGAUCUAGGACGCGUUUUUGAACAUAAAUGGACUGUAAAUUAUAGAUUUUUACCUAGAGGCAUAUUUGAAUAUCAAGGAUUUCAUUUGUUCUUAUUGGCUCUUCACAUUUCCUUAUUGAUAUUAUUUGCCCCACAUUUUAAAUGUUACUUGAGUAGUUAUGCAAAACUGAAUGUAGCGACUAAAGAGUUCUUAAAAUCAGUAAAAGAAGAAAGAAGGAAAAGGUUAACACAAACAAGAAAACUCAGCAAAUCUCAAAAGCAAUUUUUAGAUAGUUUUGAAAAUUCUUUGAAAAAUAGUCAAUAUGGUGAAGAAAAAGAUCCAUUAGAUGAUGCUGAAAAACUGGAAGAUAAGUUAUCAAAGAUUACUCAACUCUUCAUUCUGCCAUUUUUUGUGACAAACCUGAUAGGAGUAACCUGUGCAAGAUCUCUGCAUUAUCAGUUUUAUUCUUGGUAUUUCCAUAGCCUUGUAUAUCUUGUGUUUUGUACAAGAUUCAAUAGAUCAUUUUCAUUCUUAUUGUUAGGUCUGAUUGAAUAUUGCUGGAAUGUCUAUCCAAGUACAAAUUUCUCAAGUGCCUUAUUACAUAUUUGUCAUAUCACUUUGUUAUAUGGUGUAUAUAAAUCUAUGAAAGAAUAAAUUGUUGUUAAAAAUCCUGACAAUGUAUUUACUUAUAUUGAAAACAAAAACCAACUUUCGUUUAUAUUUAACAUGAACUUUGAUCCAAUCAGCCAAGUAAUUCACCUAGUAAUUUGUGAAUUGAUAUAAUCAUUUACAAAAGGCAUACAAAUCAAAAUUCUAAGUGCACUCAAAUGGUCUAUUCACUAAAGAUUGAUUUUGAAAUCUAGAGCUUUUAUUUUCUUUCAAUGAUUUCAUACCACCUGAAAGUUUCAUGAAUUCUCAUAGCAGUGGAAACAUAACUGGAUCUGUAGUUAGUUAAAAACAUAUUGGAUGGAGGAAAACCAGUAUAUAUUUAUUGUUAUUGAUGAAUUUCAAUACAAAUCUGUGAUUCUAAAUAUAGUGGUAACAUCAUACUUUCUUAUACCUGAGGAGAUACAAUUUAG